AUGGAAAAUAGUAAUUACUUGUCUGUAACUGAUAUAUUAGUCACUAAUGAGAAAAUACCUUGCAAGUUUUUACAUGAUUUGCCCAAAAUGGGAUUUCUUGACCCUUCAGCGGCUGACAAUGACUUAAAAGCCGGCACUAAUGUGGAGAUACCUCUAUGGCUAGCAGAAUCUUUAUAUUCUAGAAGACCACCUUUAGUAUCUGUAGAAUUACCUAAAAUAUAUAAGGAUUCAUACAGGGAAAUCCUCAAUGCAGAUGCAUGUACUGUGGAUAUGCACAAACUAAAUCAACAUUUUUAUGAACUUGGCUGUUAUAUAGCUAAACAUGAUAUAAAAGGAGAAGUGGCAAAUACACUGAUUAAUACAUUCCGACAAAGAUUCAGAAUGUUGCUCUCGGCAUGUGUAUCUACAGAUUCCGUUGGUGCAAUCCAACCAUUGUCUGCAAGUGAACGACAACAGGCUGCUGAUGCAGGUAGCACUGAGAAAGCACUUGCCACAUGGUUACAAAGAGGAGAUAGUGUACUUACGACAGCUAACAUGGUGGCUAAUCAUCGAAAGAGGAAAAGAGCAGAGAUGGAAAUGUUUUAG